CCCAUAGGAAGUCGGCACUGAGCAAAGACAAGGACAUCCUAGCCAAGAUGAAUGAGGAGGCGCAAAAUCACUCAGCACUUGUAAUCAGGGUUAAAAACCCAGCCGAACCGGAGGAAUUAAAGGCAGGAGACAUUAUUGAGAUAUUCCGAUCUUCUUGCCAGCACUGGGCCCUAUACGUAGGGGAUCAGCAAGCGGUCCAUUUGGUAACUGAAUGUGAACAUUUUGCCGAUGGCUCUCCCAACCCCUUGGCCAUCUUAUCCGAAAGGGUUUGCGUCAAGAAGGAUUGGCUGGAAGACGUCAUCCGGAAGGACAGGUACCGAGUGAAUAAUAAACAUGACGAGACCCACCCACCGCUACCCCUCUCCAAGAUCCUGUGGCAGACGGAGGAAUUGGUCGGAAAGGAGAUGCCGUACAGCCUGAGCAGCCAAAACUGUGAAAAUUUUGUGAUGGAGCUACGUUAUGGACCGGAAGUGAGUGAACAGGAAGAAAUUAAACCGGGAGACCUGAUUGAGAUUUUCCGUUCUUGCUAUCAACACUGGGGCAUCUACGUCGGAGAGGGCAAGGUUGUCCACUUAGCCCCCGAAUGUGACCGUCUUGCAAACGGGGCUGCCAGCGUACUGGCGGUCUUGUCCGAUCGAGCAUAUGUUAAGAAAGACUGGCUGGAAACGGUGGUGCGGAAUGACCAAUACCGAGUGAACAACAAACACGAUCAUACGUAUCCCCCCCUGCCGCUAACUAAGACCCUCAAGCGGGCAGAAGAGCUGGUGGGCAGAGAGAUGCCUUACAACCUGACCAGCCACAACUGCGAACACUUUGUCAUGGAGUUGCGAUAUGGCAUUGCGAUGAGUGAUCAGGUCACUGAAGCCAUUGCUGUGGGAACAAUUGGUAUGAUGGGCGUGGCGGCCGCCAUGAUCCGAUCUGCGGCCAAAUGGCGCAAGCAUUACAACGAAUAGCUGGCGGAGGGGGGGGCAGAGGCCUCCAUGGCAGGAUCUUUACCAGCUCUGGGGGUGUUUGGACUGCCUAGUGUCUUUUAUUUGCCAUAUUGUUUUCAGACCACCAGACCAAAAAUUAAUCAGAUUUUGUGGCAGAAAGCCACCACCCGCAUCGUGCUUGGAGCCAAUAAAACUCUCUUGAGGACUUAAACGUUUUUGGCAAAUCACUUUUUUUUUUUUGGUGAGGAAGGACCGUAUUUUAAAUUGUGUGGCUGGAUAUAUCGCUUUUUUGGGUGCAUUCAGCACUGACUGUUGGAAGAAACUGAACUCAAGGGCAUUGGGUGGGUGGUGCAUUAACUCUUUGUAAGAGUAAAUUCUACAUCAUGGUGAGAAAUUUAAUAGUGGUUGGGUAGCCAUUUCUUAUAGGGAUGCGGCGGCUCAGUGGCUAAGUAGCUGAGCUUGUCAAUCAAAAGGUCGGCAGCUUGGCGGUUUGAAUCCCCAGUCCUGCCGCAUAACGGGGAUGAGCUCCCGUGACUUGUCCCAGCUUCUGCCAAUCUAGCAGUUCGAAAGCACGUAAAAAAAAUGCAAGUAGAAAAAUAGGGACCACCUUUCUUGGGAAGGGCACAGCGUUCCGUGCGCCUUUGGCGUUGAGUCACGCCAGCCACAUGACCACGGAGACGUCUUCGGACAGUGCUGGCUCUUCGGCUUUGAAACGGAGAUGAGCACCGCCCCAUAGAGUCAGAAACGGCUAGCACGUAUGUGCAAGGGGAACCUUUAUCAUUACCUUGCCAUUUGUUAUUUAAAGGGGUGUGUGGGCACAGGCCAUGCCAGGACAUAAAUACUGACAGCCCUCGUUGAAUAUGUGAUAUGGGUUGAUAAGAUGGCUUGCUCCUGUCCUGUGGAACACUUAUUUUCCAGAUUUAAAUCCACGUUUCCUCUAAAACCUUCAAAGCAAGGUAGCUUGGGCUGAGAGUUGGAGGCUCAAAAGCUAGGUUUCUAAAGCUCCGUUGAAUCUGAGUCACUGAGACUCAGGGUUGGACUAGAAGACCUCCAAGGUCCCUUCCAACUCUGUUACUCUUAUUUUCAUAGCUGCUACCCCCAUCUUUGUUGUGUUUUUUUUUAUGCUUCAACUCCCAGA